ACUGACCAAAAGUGAUUAUCAUCCUUUCAACUUUCCUGUUUGAAGGUUGCAACGACACAGCGCGUAACCAAUCUAUCCCUUCCACCACCAUUGUAGCGGAAUUGCACAAACCCAAGAGUUCAGUGGAACUCUGGCAAUUCCAGCCAAUACUCGUGCCUCUUAUCGAGCUGCGGUGGGGAACAGCGCCAGAGAUGAAGCAUGUUAAAAGCGACUCAUCUGCAGAACCCAGAAGACACACAAACCAACACUUCUCUCAUCUAAUAUGAACGCAAAUCGCUGGUCUGAAUUUUCCAUGAUCCAUGAUAUGCUCCUGGAGCAAAAAGGGGUGAAUCCCAUCCUGAUUGACCAGGAAAUCCUCCGCGACCAGAACGACGAGGUCAUAGUGCACCCAUGUAACUGGCCCGGCUGCACGAUGCACAUCGGUGUCGAGCUCAAGCAGAUAUCCAAACAUCUACAGAAACAUCAUGGUAUCAACAUCAGCGCUACGAGCGAGGACACGCAAAAAAUUCCCUGUCUUUGGACGGGUUGUGUCGAUGCCCGAACGAAACCAGGGAACCUCCCACGUCAUAUACUUUCACACCUUGAAGUACGACAGAUUUGUUCGAUAUGCGGGGCUUCCCUCUCGCGGGAUGAUGCCUUUCGAAGACAUACUCUUGAAAAGCCGGGCUGCCAGGAUGCAAAGUCUGUUGUCAGGUAUGGAGACAAAUCGCUAGUAAUUGACAAAUUGUGCAUUGAGGGGGGUUGGUCGGCCAGCCAAAACGUCAUGUGUGUCCCCUGAUGUCUCUUAGACUGAUGUAGUCCUCUGGCGUUAUCUUACAGUAGUAUCCCUAUCGUUCUGUGUUCCAACCUUAUGUGCAUCUUCCUGUAGUUCCUGUCCGUCAUCAGUAAUCAGUAAUUGUUCUACCGUAUACUCCUACUUAAUCGAUCCUGUCUGGGCUAAUGUACUGUCUUUUCUUCUUGGA